AACGCUCAACUUGAAAGUCACAGGACAGCACACACCCCACCCACAACUACCAACCUUCUCCGGAAGGCCAAAUCCCUCCGGGCCAAGGGAAACGAGGGAGAGAGACCCUCCGCCCCUCUCCUCUCCCUCUCCUUCCGGUGAGGCGGUGAGCUAUGGAGUCGGCAGCGGCCGCGAAGACGGUGGAGCGGCUGGCGCAGCGCCUGGUGCCGCCGGCGGAGCCCACCCCCACUGCCCCCCACCGCCUGUCGUGGCUGGACCGGUACCCGACGCAGAUGGCGCUCAUCGAGUCGCUGCACGUCUUCAAGCCCGACCCGGCGCGUGACGGGCUCAGCCCCGCGGAGACCAUCGAGCGGGCCCUCGCACGGGCGCUGGUCGACUACUACCCGCUCGCCGGCCGCCUCGCCGUGUCCGACAGCGCCGGGGGCCUGCACGUCGACUGCAGCGCUGAGGGCGUCUGGUUCAUCGAGGCCGCCGUACGGUGCCGCCUGGAGGACGUCGACUACCUCGAGUACCCGCUCCAGAUCCCCAAGGACGAGCUGCUCCCGCACCCGCUGCCGAGGCCCAGCCACGAGGAGGAGAGCAAGCUCAUCCUGCUCGUCCAGGUGACGGCGUUCGCGUGCGGCGGCUUCGUGGUGGGCUUCCGCUUCAGCCACGCGGUGGCGGACGGGCUCGGCGCGGCCAAGUUCAUGGGCGCGGUGGGGGAGCUGGCGCGCGGGGCGGACCAGGUCUCCGUGGCGCCCACCUGGGCCCGCGACGCCAUCCCAGACCCGUCGGGCGCGCUGGUCGGCAGCCUCCCCGAGCCCACGGGCGCCAAGCGCCUCGAGUACCUGGCCAUCGACAUCUCCGCCGACUACAUCGACCACUUCAAGUCCCAGUUCGCGGCGGCCACGGGCGGGGGCCGCUGCUCGGCCUUCGAGGUCCUCAUCGCCAAGGCGUGGCAGAGCCGCACCCGCGCCGCGGGGUUCGAGGACCCCGACACCCCCGUGCAGCUCUGCUUCGCCAUGAACGCGCGCCCGCUCCUCGGCGCCCGCCUCCCGCGGGGCGGCGCCGGCUUCUACGGCAACUGCUACUACAUCAUGCGCGUCGCGUCCACGGCCGACAAGGUGUCCUCGUCGUCCGUCACCGACGUGGUGAAGAUCAUCAGGGAGGGGAAGAAGCGGCUGCCGUUGGAGUUCGCGCGGUGGGCGGCGGGGGAGGAGGGCGCCGACGGCGUGGACCCCUACCAGAUCACCUCCGACUACCGGACGCUGCUGGUGUCGGAUUGGACGCGCCUCGGCUUCGCGGAGGUGGACUACGGGUGGGGCCCGCCAGCCCACGUGGUACCGCUGACGAACCUGGACUACAUCGCCACGUGCAUCCUCGUCAAGCCAUGGGCCCACAAGCCAGGGGCGAGGCUCAUCACGCAGUGCGUGACGCCCGACCGCGUCUCGCGCUUCCACGACGCCAUGGUGGACAUGAACUAGCGCCCCGCCUCGUCCUGCGUUCACCAGCCGCCGUCGUCUCCGCCGGCCUCCCGUUUGUUCAUGGGUUUCUUGUUUUUUUUUCUCCUCUCAGUUACUGUGGUAAUUAUUAGUUGGUAUUACAAUUACUAAUCACAUUGCUGCCUUAGGACGAGUGGUCAUCUAGAAAAAAAAACCGAAGCAAUAAACUACUAAUAUAAAGAGAGAAAAAGAUAAGAAAGGAAAAAACAUGAUAAUAAAGUGUUGUACAUACUGCACAGGCAGGCAGGCAGCCAGCUAGAGCCAGGUGAGGUGAAGAACAGAAGGAGAGGUAUGGGCGGGGGACAGAUAGACACAGCUAGAUAGUAGUUGGCAAUAGUGGGAUUGGUAUUGGAUUCCUUAUUUCCGUUGGAUGUCUUGUUCUCUUUUGUUGGUGUCGGGUGCAAGUACAUGGCAUUUUUCUUUUCUUCUUGCCUGUUGUUCUUUGGGGGCUUUGAUCGGAGAAAGGAUCAAAACUGGAGUCGGUGGGAAGCCACCAACUAGUCUGCCCCUAAAUACCAUAAUAAGAUUGUAUUUGUAAUAUAGUGUUCAGCAUUUUUUUUCUGUCUAGUAUAUACAUGAACUACAAGACAUGUGAGCUUAAGUCUCAAAGGAAGAAAAAAACGCAGUAAUGGUUACAUACUGCAUACAGAGAGCCCUCU